UGCCGUCACCCCUCCUCUGCCGUCACCCCUCCUCUGCCGUCACCCCUCCUCUGCCGUCACCCCUCCUCUGCCGUCACCCCUCCUCUGCCGUCACCCCUCCUCUGCCGUCACCCCUCCUCUGCCGUCACCCCUCCUCUGCCGUCACCCCUCCUCUGCCGUCACCCCUCCUCUGCCGUCACCCCUCCUCUGCCGUCACCCCUCCUCUGCCGUCACCCCUCCUCUGCCGUCACCCCUCCUCUGCCGUCACCCCUCCUCUGCCGUCACCCCUCCUCUGCCGUCACCCCUCCUCUGCCGUCACCCCUCCUCUGCCGUCACCCCUCCUCUGCCGUCACCCCUCCUCUGCCGUCACCCCUCCUCUGCCGUCACCCCUCCUCUGCCGUCACCCCUCCUCUGCCGUCACCCCUCCUCUGCCGUCACCCCUCCUCUGCCGUCACCCCUCCUCUGCCGUCACCCCUCCUCUGCCGUCACCCCUCCUCUGCCGUCACCCCUCCUCUGCCGUCACCCCUCCUCUGCCGUCACCCCUCCUCUGCCGUCACCCCUCCUCUGCCGUCACCCCUCCUCUGCCGUCACCCCUCCUCUGCCGUCACCCCUCCUCUGCUGUCACCCCUCUGCUCCAGGCCUUCCUGCCGUGCACCCCCAGGUGCUUCUCCCUCAGCCCUGCGGUGUUCCCACUGUCCCGCUACUUCCCACAUGAGCCAAAGGAUGGGACAUCUCAACACCCUGCAUCGGGCAGGGAGCACUUCCAGGCACCCCAAAGCCACCCAGCCGAGACCGUGUUUCCAGGACAGCGGGUGUGCCAGGCCCUGGCACAGCUUGGGCAUGUUGCCACUGUUGUGGGGAGCAGAGCUGACCCUGUCCCCCUGGUGCCAGGAUGGAUUUCUGGGCGCUCAGGAGGGAGAGCUGCCAGGGGAAUGAAUGGUACAGGCAGGAGAGGGGCUGUGUUUUUUUCAUUCAUCAAAUCCAAGUUAGUGGUUGGGCUUUGCCAACUGGUCCCAGGGAACCUGCACCCUCUGGGGCUUCAGGGGUUAAAUCAACACACCACAAAUUGAGGAACUAGAUUAGGGAAUAAGUGAUCCUACUAAAUUCCUCGUGAUCCCAAGCCAUUGGAAAAUGGGGCGAUGCAGAGUGAGUCACCCUGGAGAGCGGCAGCACAAGGGGAGUCAGUCUGGAGAGUGAGACCACCCGCUCUGGGCAGAGCAGCCAAGGGACAGCACGGCGAGUCCUGCCAGGGUCUGCCAAGGUCUUGGCUUGCUAGUGAUGGACAGCUCCUCUUCUUCCCCUUCCCCCUUCUCUGCCAGCUGCCCCACGGAGCAGCCUGAGAACACCACUGACCAUGACUACUAUUCUGGCCUCCAGAAGACCAUGCACAUCCUGUCCAUGGUGGUGUACAGCAUCGCCUGUUUGCUGGGAGUCACAGGGAACGGCCUCGUCAUUUGGAUUGCAGGCUUCAAGAUGAAGAAGACGGUGAAUUCCAUCUGGUUCCUCAACCUGGCCAUAGCUGACUUCAUCUUUACCUUCUUCCUGCCCCUCAGCAUCGCCUACACCGCCCUGGGCUUCCACUGGCCGUUUGGGAAGCUCCUGUGCAAGCUGAACAGCACCAUUGCCUUCCUCAACAUGUUUGCCAGCGUCUUCCUCCUGACGGUCAUCAGCGUUGACCGCUGCGUUUCCGUGGCCUUUCCCAUCUGGUCUCACAACCGCAGGAGCCCGGAGCUGGCGGCCAGGAUCGCUCUGGGGACCUGGGUCCUGGCUGUCCUGCUCAGCUCCCCGUACCUCGUCUUUCGGGACACUGUGGUCGGUUCCAGGAACGUCACCAGCUGUUACAAUAAUUUUGCGCUGUCGGAUGAUUACACGUCCGAGGCGACGCGCAGGCUGUGGAGGAUGCGGCACAAAGCGAUGAUCAUCACGAGAUUCUUAUGUGGGUUCCUCAUCCCCUUCAUGGUGAUUCUCAUCUGCUACAGCAUCGUGGCUGUCAAGCUGAAAAGAAGGCAGCUGGCCAACUCUGCAAAGCCCUACAGAAUCAUCAUUGCUGUCACAGUCUCGUUUUUCCUCUGUUAUUUCCCCUAUCACGUCUUCUCCUUGCUGGAAAUAUCCAAAAACUCUUCCAGCCACGAGAUGAAACUAGCUCUUUACAUAGGGAUCCCCUUGGUUUCCAGCCUUGCUUUCUUCAACAGCUGCAUCAACCCCGUCCUGUAUGUCUUUGUGGGGCCGGAUUUCAAGGAGAAGUUUCGCCAGUCCAUCCUGUCGACCUUCGAAGGGGCGUUCAGCGAGGAGUCGCUCCUGGGCAGCCUGAGCAGCCGGCGCAAGUCCAGGUCUGCUUCAGAAGUAGAGGUCCCAAGGGUCUGAGCUGGUGCUGGUGUGGAAGGGGCCGUUCUUUUCUCUGCAAUUUCCCUCAUUUCAGAGCUCAAAGCAUAGGAUUGGGGAUUGUGAAGGGCUGCGUUUGCUAGUGAGGUGUUUUGUGUUUUGGAGGUGUCUCAAAUACGCUAUGAUUUAACACACAAUGGGAAUGGAAGAACUUUCUGGAGCUGCAGCAAGGUGGGUCAAAGUAGCAGCAUUUUACUCCUUGUGCCUUUUACUUUAUGGAGCCUUUACAGAAAGAGGGUUAAAUGCAAUGGCUGUGUGUAUUUUUGUAGGGAAUGGAAUAGUGAGUAAGACACUCAUCUUUUUUCUCCUCAGGCAGGACAAAUCAGGGGUUGUGCUGCUGUUACUCAGAUUUGUACAGCAAAAUCAGUACAGCAUAACUAUUUCUGAGCAAUGCUUGUCUCUGUUUGUGUUUGACAUGUUUCCAGCCCUUAAAUAGCAGAGAUCUGAUACUUUGUGCCAUUGGUGAAUGAAUAUUAACCCCCAAUAAA